UCCUCAUCUCUCGUGAGGAUCUCCCAACUUUAUGGCAGCGACCAUGAUGACCAUCUCACUUCCUCGAUCCUUCUCUUCUUUCUCAUCUUUCAUUGCUUUGCUAGCGUUCCUCUCUCUCCUCAACUCUUGCAAUGGUUUCAACCCCAGAAACUUUACUUUAUCCUCCUCCACCGCCACUUCAAGUUGGUCCCCGGCUGGAGCCACCUGGUAUGGAAGUCCUAAUGGUGCUGGAAGCAAUGGUGGUGCAUGCGGGUAUGGAGAUGCAGUGGAGAACCCUCCAUUCUCAUCCAUGAUAGCAGCUGGAAAUCCUUCAAUCUUCAUGUCAGGCAAUGGAUGUGGUGCUUGCUAUCAGGUGAAGUGCACAGAAAACGAUGCGUGCUCGGGGAACCCGGCCACGCUCGUGAUAACGGACGAGUGCCCCGGCGGUGCAUGCCUUGCGGAGCCCGUCCACUUCGACAUGAGCGGUACCGCGUUUGGGGCCAUGGCAUUACCUGGCCAAGCUGAUCAGCUUCGCAAUGCCGGAGUGCUCCAAGUACUUUACGCCAGAGUGGACUGCAACUAUCCCGGUGUUGAUAUCGCCUUCCAGGUGGACGCAGGCUCGAACACCAACUACCUUGCUGUUCAUAUCUUGUACGAAGAUGGAGAUGGAGAUCUUGCAGCAGUCGAUCUCAAGCAAGGAUCGCCGGAAUCCGAUGCAUGGCUCCCUAUGCAGCAUUCAUGGGGUGCUGUUUGGAGGUUGGACUCAGGCUCGGCAUUGGAAGCACCUUUCUCAUUCCGGUUGACAUCAGACAAGUCCGGCAAGACCCUUGUAGCUACUAAUGUGAUUCCGGUGGGGUGGCAGCCGGGUGCGACCUAUAGGUCUGUGAUCAACUACAAUGCCUAGUACUCUUAACUUGGGGACUAUAAGGAUAUAUUAUUACUAUUUUACUAUGUAAUGGCUGUGUUAGGGUCUGAAGGUGGUUGUGUUAGACCCUUGGUAGUAUGGUGUUAAUUCCAGCUUCAGAAAUAAAACUGGAUGUGGAGUGAAGAGGAGGCGGGUGUGUUCUCCCCUCCGCAAUCCAAUUUGUUACAAUGUGAUUCAAAUGUUAUUUGCUUGCCAAUUCUUGACGAAGAAUUUAAAAAUAAAAAGUUGUCUGUAAACAAUAUAGUGAAAAAGAGAUCAAAGGCUAUGCUCUUUACCUUUAAUAACACUCACUGGGUGACCUGAAACCUCCCAUUUCAUCAAAAAAAUAAAUCCAGUUGCCGACUGCAACCAGCUAAGAGAUAUGCCAUGUAGGGUAGGAAUGGCGUCCAUCUCAUCGACACAAAUGGGCACCUCACAGAUGGGCAUUGCGAUUUAGCUGGCGAACCGAACUUCCUAAACUAGACACAACCGAAUUAAUUAGACUUAAUUGUCUUGAAUUUAUGUUAAGACCUGAAUUUUUGACAUAUCUAGGUAUUAGAUAAACAUUCAUUCAUUAUGCUGGUUACAAGUCAAUAACCUCUCCGGAAAUGAUGGAAAACCCGGCUUUUACUGCUCUCUUUUCAGUUGUCAAGCUGGGACCAAAAUACCAACUAUGCCCUUCACGGUUCACAAAAAAUUGGUGAGUUGAAUAUUGACGUUUUGGGGGGGAGAACAUUUUCUUUUUAAUUUUACCACAAGUUGCAGCCAAUGUUACCAUCAAAUUUGCACUUCUUGCAACC